AUGAGUAGAAAUUGGAUUAAGCUUAAGGAUAGGUUUUGUGAUGAAUACCAAAAAGGGGUUUCUGAGUCCAUAGGGGCUGCCAGCAAACAUGUUGAUAUGCUAGGUAGAACUAGAUGCCCUUGUAAAAGGUGUAAUAAUCGAAACUUCAAGAAAUUGGAGAUUGUCGCAAAUGAUAUAACCAAGACUGGCAUGGUGGAGACAUAUACUACAUGGAUCCAUCAUGGGGAUCUGAUGUGUUCCUCUUCUGAAAAUGCUCCUGUGAUUGGGGGGGUCAACAUCCCCUAA